AUGCUGUCUCAAAGAGCUCAGCGUACGUACGGCAUACCGUUUGGUGGGCCGUCGCCAUCCCCCGACCCUGAUGAGCAAACGUCGCCCAUAUACGACGAUGCAGAAAAUGAAUUCGCACAAGAUGCCGAGGAAUUUGCUAAAGGCCUCGACUCUCUCUCGAUAGUGCAGAAGCCCAACGCCGAGAAACGAGCGGACAUAUUCAGACUCGUCGAUACUUAUUACCAAUAUGCGUCUAAAAAAGUUCGCGCCUUGCGCAAAUUGCAAGGACAACUAUCUGGGGCUGACCCCCGCCAUUCGUACGAGAUUUCUAGCCAGGACUCUAUGGACCUUGAUGACGGAGAUGAUUUGGUAAAAUCACCAGCCUCGUCCGAAAUGCUUAAGAACUGGGAGCUAGAAGCACAGACGUGGGAUAUGUUGCGUCGCCUCUUACCUCUACGAUACCCGAACAAGACCUCUCUUAAGCCUGCCCGCCACGACGUGUCAAGAUUCCAAUCAUGUGCGCAACUCUGGGACGAAUUCCUCCAGACAGACCCUACCGCCCAGGAACGCAAAGCGAUUCUAGAAUGCCUGCAGACUAGCGCAGACGAAUCGCGGGUAGAUAUAGAUGAAUUAGUCCGAGACUAUCAGCAGCGAGCGGAAAGAGGCGAUAUAAUUGCUUAUGGAUGGCUUCAUACGCGAUCUGCACUCAAGAUGCAAAAAAAUCUAAACGGUUGGUCUGGAGCACUAGACCCUAAUGCUACCGAUGUUGUACAGAAACUCCGGAACGGAUCAAAUCCUAUGGUAACCCAACUUGAUCCUGACGUAGCAACAAGGCAGAACCGGAAGCUUCAACCGCAGGAUGAGUACUUCGAGAGGGCUAUCUGGCUUGGCUGUUACGAAUUACUGCGAAGAGGGCGAAGCAUUGCUGAAAUUCGAGAUUGGUGUGUUGAAAGGACCGAAGUUUGGCGAGCUGUUAGUAUGUCAGCUAUGCCAUUAUCAAAGGACGAAGGUGAGAGCCGGUUUAACUGUGACCCUCUUUCGAUGCUUCUGUGGCGUCGUACCUGUUUUGCCUUAGCGAGACAAGGAGGUACCGAUGACUUUGAGCGUGCUGUAUACGGUAUCCUUUCUGGUGAUAUUCCAAGCGUUGAGAAGAUUUGUGAAGACUGGGAUGAUUUUGUCUACGCUCAUUACAACGCUUUGCUUCGAACCCAGUUCGAUGCUUACCUAAUGAAGCGAUCUUCACCAGAUGCGACGGCAGCUAUAACACAAUCAUUCUCUACCUUCAACGCCGUACAGUUUCAUGGUGACGCUGCUUCGGUCGGAGAACGUCUGGUAAAAUCACUGGAGACGAAUAUCAAGACUUCGGCGGAAGCAAAGACGCCGAUGAAAACUCUCCAGGCGGCGAUCAUUUCCAAUAAUAUAGAGCAGUACACCUACGAGCUCGGUCUCGCACUUGGAAAGGCGGCCAAUUCAGGGGAUAUUUCUGCUUUGAUACCGAGUUUCGGUGCCUCCAAUGAAGAUAUAGACGAUGGCAAGUUCGUCCAACUAAGGGAUCAUAACGGUUUACGAAUUUUGGUCCACGUGUAUCUGAUCAUAUCAAGUCUCGAAGAACUACAAGGUGGUUUGCACAUGGAGCUUUCCGAACGCCACAGGGCGCGAGAGAACGUAGUCUCCGCCUAUGUUAGCACUUUACGAUUAACGGGCUUAACGGAUAUGAUGCCGCUGUACUGUAAUCAAAUGCAAGGGGAUAGGGCUUUUUUCACCCUGAGCAGGAAUGUUACUAGCGUAACUGACCAGCAUGAACGAGAGAUACUACUAAGACUCAUGGAGAAGCUCGGUAUGGACGUUGCCGAAUUUGUCCAAUUCCAGCCUCGUUCUCUACUUCAGGAGCACCCCGAACCUGAGGAACAUCCUCCUCCAUUUGGUAGAUUUACCGUCUUCUCCAACGAUCCACCUACACUUAAGUACGGACGUCCUUUGAAGCCUGAUUUCCUUGGGGAACCCCCAGAGAGUCUAGACCCUGUCGACGAGCAUCUUAUCCAGUCAUUAGAAUGGUUCCUUCUUGUCGAUGGCCUUUGGGACGAGGUCUUCCAAUACGGUACUGCUAUCUACAAGCGCUUUCUUAAGCAAUUCAAUCUCCAUGCGGCUCGUGCCUUGUCUGAACGAGUUCGUUGCGGCGAAAUUUUCAAGCGGAAAGCAGGCAUUGUCUACUCUGACGAUUCGGACGUGUCGUGGUUCGACGAGGUUCGAGCGAGCGCUGCGGCUGGCUCAUUAGAUGAAAACAGCCUUGGGGUUGAAGACAUCGCAGUAGCGCAAAACUUUUUCGAGAUGGAGUGCCUAGUCCGAGCCUUGGAUUCGAUGGAGACUAUCGCAUCAAGUGAACUAUUAGCCCAAGACCCUGCGGAGAAAGUAAGCCGGGACUUCUGGUCCAACGUUGGACGCGAAGUAAAGAACAUCAAGAGCUUUAUGCGCCAUAUAUUGAGUAAUUGGCUUAUGGAAACUAUUGAAGAAGACGAAGAUUUCACGUAUCUUCGAGAUGCGUAUCUGCCCGAGAUGAUUAUUGGAUACGUCAGCGUGUUACAUUUCGCAGGUACAACUCUAACCCGUGACAACCUGUUAGAAUGCAUGGAGCUUGCCUCUGUGAUCGCCAAAAAGGAUGCGGACGUGGCAGCGGUUAUUAUGAAAGCCGGACGAAUGAAGGAGCUCGUGGAGGGCUUCGCAAACUGUAGCAAGGCGCUAGCUAUCAGCAGCAGCGACAAGAAAGGAGCGGGUGGUAUUAGCAGCAAGAGGAUGAUGCGAGAACAUGGAUGGACUCGGGAAUUAUGCCCGACUCCCCCACCUCCUGUACCACCCCCGAAGCCGAGCAGCCACGACGCCAGCCGUCUAGGUACUCCCGCCACCACUAGCUCUCCUCGACCACCGGCCCCGAUUCCGGAUGAUACAUUCUUGAGGUCUAUAGAGGGGAGAGACAAUUCACCGGCUACUAUGGAUGCGUCAGGUUUGAUCCCAGCCUCGGCAUCUAUGACCAGAGGGACAGAGCGAGAGAUCAUACCGGAUCCCGGUGAUCAGUGGCUGCCGAAGGCCCUUGAGGAUAAAUCGAAACAAGACCUUGCCGAAAUCCUCUCCAACCCAGCCGCCCUCGACGCUCUUACACACGCACCUUCAACAGCUCACCCGUCCCUGACCUCAACCCGCGAUGCGCUCCUCGCCGCGCUAGACGAUAACGUAGCCCUCGCAAACCACCUCACAGAGCUCGAGCUCCACCUCUCCCAGCAGCGCGCACAAGCACAAGCACAGCUCCUCUCAACGCACGCCCUCGAGCGCCAGUGGCGCCAGAAGCAAGCCGAGAUGGAUACCGCGCUCGCGCCGUUCGCGCCCGCAGCUCUGUACGCGAGGCUAGGCCAGAGCCUAGCAGAGCAGGAGGCCGUGUGCCGCGCGCUAGAGGAGAGCUUUCUAGAAGGAGGGGGGAGCGAAGGGACUGGAGGCGAGGAGUUGGCGACGGAGAGGGAGACGCUGGAUUGGGUGAGACGGUAUCGCGAGGCUAAGAAGCUGUUUUAUCUCCGCCAUGAGCGACGGGAGAGGUGGAAUGAGCACCGCGUUGGAGGUUGGCGAUGA